CAGCGAGCCGGCGUUGGAAGAGGCGUUUGGAAAAACCAACAUGGCGGCGUCCACAGUGUGCCGUUCAGUUCGCUGCGUGUCGAACUCUUUACCCCGGUUUAAAACAUGUUGGUCGCCAGUCACCUCGUGUAAAAAUAGAAACGUCUCCGGUCCGACAUUAACGUGGUGUCGUUUUUUCGUUUCUGGACUGGACACGAGUCGAAGGAGAGAAGAAAACAGUGUGACAUUGAGGGGGUGUGCAGGCUCUAAGAGCUUCCGUAUUUUCAGCUCACGCUCCUUCCACGCCAGCUCGGCACGUCAUGAGCAGCAGGAUUUCUACAGCGUGCUGGGAAUCCCGCGCACCGCCACGCAGAAAGAGAUCAAGAAAGCGUACUAUCAGCUGGCGAAGAAAUACCAUCCCGACACGAACCAAGACGACCCGCAGGCUAAAGAGAAGUUUGCCCUAAAUAAAGCAAAUUUGUUGUUCAGUACUGGAAAAAAACUUAACCGUAAUGUGUCCAAAUGUCAGCAAGAUAACACUGGAAUUUUUCAUCUAUUGGGUGUGUGGAGGAGGAAAAACCUGAGUGUUGAGUGUUCAGUGGUCACCAGGGAAAAGGGGAAAAAAAUGCUGGCCUGUUUCCAAGUGUUUUUCUUUAUAGUGUUGCUUGGAAUAGGUCUAGGGGUAGGAAAAGAAAAUUGUCCUACCUUCAUCUUUAUUGGCAUGUACUCACAUACCAUGGGGCUUGUUUACACGGUUCGGUGCUUGUUUUUUAUUUAUUUUUGGAGGUUUGGCUGAGCAGCUGUGACUGACACAGUCAUCUUUCAUUUCCAAGCACAUGGGAAAGAUUCAGGGCUCCCAGGUCGAUCCUGAGCUCAGGUUACAGGUUUGUGUGGACUGUGGACAUGUUCUUCUCACUGUCAGGUUUCCUCCAUUAAAUGUUAAGUAUACAGGGUGUCUGCAAAAAAAAAUAUACUUCAUUCAGCACA